CUACUGACGUUCUAAUCUGAAAAGGACGCGGUAAUAUAUUAUUAAUUGGUGCCCAGCUUCCCUUAUGCAAAGGGAGGCUGGGAGACUGCUAGUGGCAUUUGACUUCCUGUGCUUAGAAAUCCUCAUUUGCUCACUCACACCCUGAUCCCUUCACACCAGAGCUGUUUUAUUGUUUUAUAGCCCUCCUUACUGCUUCAGUUAUCAAAGAUUUCAUUGUGGCAGGCUUCGCGAUUUCUCACUUGAGAAAGCCCCAGUGCCUUGCUGUUUUAAGCAGUUUGGUCACUUGCGAACACCUUUCAGACAAACAUUUCCUAGAAGCUUCAUGCAUGUGCUGGGAGACUUCAGCCUUCUGGCACCAAUCCACAGAGAAGCAGUUUAACAGAUUAAUCAGUCAAAACCAUUUUCCAUGGGCGCUUGACCAAAAUGCCAUAAACUUCCGGUUAAAGGGGGUGGGGGAGAAUCACCUAAAUGAACUACGUCUCUUUUCUCCUUACGAUUUGCUUCCCCGUCCCUACGCGCUACAUACAUAUUCAAAUAAAGGUUUGAAUUGGUACUCACAGAGAAAUGCACAAGCUCCUUCUCCCAAAAGCAAUUUUGGAGAGCUAACUCCACUUUUAAGUCGUAUUCCUUGCAAUAUACUAUUUUAAAGACCGUCAUAUUGAUACAGCUAUGACCUUCCGUGCAGCCUUGAUAUUUUGAACUAUUUACAUUUUAUGGAACAGUUUCAGCGAACCUUUAUUUAGUGAAUAAAAGUUUAAAGCUGAAGGUUAUUUAUGGUUCCAUAGAGAUAGGCCCUGAGUGGCUAUUUAGAGGCACGUGAUUCCAAUAAACUUUGUUUUAUGGCUUGAGAGUUGACAAGCCAAAAUAUAAUUCCCACCAUAAAUUAGUUUAAGAGCACACAAGUGCAGAUGCUCCAGUUCCUGGAAGCAGUAAUAGGGUAAGUGUUAGCAAGGAACAUUCAGCUUGAAUCCGAACAUCGAGACAUUUCUUCUUUCAGGUCCCCCACUUCCACUGGAAAAGCACACAGUUCGACACAAUGGACAGACGUCUACAGUACGUCCCAACGGAUUAUCCAAAGGAAUCCGAAGAUCCUACAAAAAGAGUUAAAGUCAAAAAUCAAGAAAAAACAUAAGUGUGGUGGCUUCCUAGGCAGUGAGUGGCCCAGGCCGAACACGUGAGCCGCUGGGAUCCAGUCAAUGUUAUUUGAGCAGGGUCCCCAGGCCUUGGCGAUUCCAGAGAGCAAGAUGCAGAAAACCGCUUACUACGAUAACUCGGGGCUCUUCGGGGGCUACACCUACAGCAAAGCCGACGCCUACAGCUACAGCUCGGCCCACCAGCCUUAUGCACAAGCCGCCCUGGACACAGACUACCCGAGCUCCGCCUGCUCCAUCCAGAGCUCGGCUCCCAUCCGAGCCCCAACCCACAAGAGCAGCGAGCUGAAUGGCAGCUGCAUGCGGACCAACGGCGGCAGCCAAGCAGGCAGUCAGCCCCCGGGUAUAGGCGAGCAGCAGCAGCCGCCUGCGCUGCCCCCCUCCUCCCCACCGAAUCCCACCAAUGCGGCCCCCCCGAAAAAAACCAAAGGCGGCCCCAAUUCCUCCAGCUCUUCCACGGCCACCAUUAGCAAACAGAUCUUCCCCUGGAUGAAAGAGUCCCGGCAGAACUCCAAGCAGAAAAACCCCUGCGCCGCUUCAGCAGGAGACAACUGCGAAGAUAAAAGUCCCCCCGGCCCGGCUUCCAAGCGAGUCCGCACCGCCUAUACCAGCGCGCAGCUGGUGGAGCUGGAGAAGGAGUUUCAUUUCAACCGGUAUCUCUGCCGCCCACGCAGAGUGGAAAUGGCCAACCUUCUGAACCUGACGGAGCGCCAGAUAAAGAUCUGGUUCCAGAACAGGAGAAUGAAGUACAAAAAAGACCAGAAAGCCAAAGGGAUCAUGCACUCUCCUGUAGGACAGUCCCCUGACCGAAGUCCACCCUUAAGUGGCCCAAAUCACGUAGGAUAUUCCAGCCAGCUUCCAACAGUAAAUAGUCUUAGCUAUGAUGCUCCUUCGCCAACAUCCUUUGCCAAAUCACAGCAAAACAUGUAUGGCCUGGCUGCUUAUACAGCACCUCUCAGCAGCUGCUUACCCCAGCAGAAACGAUACCCGGGAGCAGAGUAUGACCAUCACACCAUGCAAAGCAGCGGCGGCUUUGCCAAUCCCAAUUUGCAGGGCAGCCCCGUUUAUGUCGGAGGUAACUUUGUUGAUUCCAUGCCAGCUCCUGGCCCAAUGUUCAAUAUCGGCCAUCUUUCUCAUCCUUCAUCUGCUAGCGUGGACUACAGCUGCGCUGCUCAGAUCCCAGGCAACCAUCACCAUGGACCUUGUGACCCUCAUCCUACAUACACAGAUCUUACUUCUCACCACACAUCUCAGGGAAGGAUUCAGGAAGCACCCAAACUAACGCAUCUGUAGUGGACUGGGACGGAUUGAGAGAGCGAAAUGUACUCACGUUUAAAUUACCUCACUUUUCUGACGUUACAGUGUUACUUUCCUCUGAGUGCCAACAGUAUUAGUGGAUUUCUCUCCCCUAACAGCUACAUUCUUUUUUUGCGACUCUAAAUAAGUCAAUGAAAAGGAUCCUUUCUUUUAUAGCUGUUUAAAGCAUGACAGUGCAAUAUACUGCAAACCAAGGGGCUAAUAAUCUGGUAAUGAUGUACUUGAAGGUAAGUCUUAUAGAUCAAUUAGUAUUAGCAGCGCGUCAUGCUGAGGUGUUUUUAGACCAAUUGUGAACGAUGGGAUCUUGCCUGCAUAUAAACUUAUUUCAGAGAAGUUAAUUUAUGAAUUCUUCAGUAAUGUAAGGAUUGCAUUGGACUAAAUGAUAUGUAUUUAUUGUUUUAAGCGAGACAUUUUUGUAUCACUAAUUAUUUAUCCUCGUCUUAAUGUAUUUAUGUGGAUAUAUGUAGAAUUUAUUCACCAUAACUUCGGGAGAUUGAUUCAGGUCCCUGGUGACUAUUACAUUUCACCUAUUUAGUAUAUUUGGUCUGAACUAGUUGAGAGAGUAGUUUUGAACAGUUGUAACAGUGGCUGGUGUUUGUAGUUUAUGUAAGGAUUAAUUAAGACUGUAAGUCUUUAAUAGAGUAAAACAAACUGUGGCAUCACACAAAUAGCCCUAACGCAUUUUUAUAAAGUGUAUUUAUUUCAAAUUGUCUGGUGCCGUUUGAACAUCUAUUUAGAUUUUAAAAAAUAAGCCACCUUUUAAAGUUGGAAGUGUAUCUGUUUUAAUAAUGCAAGCUGCAAAGCGGAACACUCGGCCAUUUUGUUUCUGAUAAACUUCUGCAUACAAAAAACCUCCGAGAGGUUGGCAUUUAUUUAUUGAUUAGCUAUCUCUUGCACACAUUAAUUCGGUGGGCUAUUUUGUUGGUAUUACAUUCUAGCUAUCUGAAAUAGAAAAAGCUUAGAAUGCAAAAAAAAAAAUUAGAAACCAUCUAAUAGUGAUAAUUUAAUUAGGGUUUCCAUAGCAAUCCGAGCUGCAGCUGCCCGUCUCCUUUGUUAUUUAUACUGUUGUCUUUAUACUAACCAUAAAUCAAUUUUUUAGACAUUAUUGGAAGCCCGAACUUAAUUUCGCGCAUUAAAAAAAUGAAAGAAAAUUGACAAUCAAAUAUAUACAAAUGAAAGGAAGCCGCUAAGUGUAGAAACUGAGGUACAGUGUAGGUAAAUAAACUAUUCCGAGAUGAUCACAAUAGCUUUUAGUUAGGAAAGUUAUCUCCAUCCAUGUAAUCUUCUGUAACAGACAUUGAUACAUUCCUUGUGAAAACAAAUCUUACUGCCAUAAUUAACAGAAUAUUUCAUGAAAGAAACAAACAUCUUGUUUCCUCCUUUUUAUUUACAUAAUCUUGCCGGAUUUACAACGAUUUUGUAAACGUAGAAAUGGUAUUAGCAAUGUUAGUAACCAGACAUGUCCUUCCAGGAAGACAUGAUUCUUAUCGCGUUUAAAAAUGCUCAGUUAAGAUUCAGAUCUUCUGUAUUCCCAGCAAAAUCGUCCCGACGCAUCACUUUUUAGUUUGACAAGUAACUGCCGCCCCUGCGCCAUCCCCUGAUGACAAGACCUGGAAUUCCUAGUGUGAGAAAUAUUUAACUCCUAGAGUUCUGGUCAACUCGGGAAAUCUUUAUUUUCUGAUCCUUGUGUUUCGCUGGACAACAAUGCUUCGAAAUAUUAUUUAGUUUUUCCUCUGUGUUAUUUUUUAAAUGUCACUUACGCUGAGAAAAGAAGUGUAUCCUUUUGUUAAGUUUCAACUUUUACCCCAGCAGAUUUGAAUAUACGUGUUGUAGAUCUGUAAACAAAACAGAAUAAACUACUUUGAUCGAAGACAUAUUUUAACCA